AUGGAACAGCAAGGCUACACGAGGAUCAUCAAACUCCAGAUCCUGAUCCACAGCUGUCUGAUUCUGGUGGAGUCGGCUGCCAAGGACAUCUAUGACCGGCUGUGUCAUGACUUCGCUGUGAACCAGACCGCCCAGGUCAAGGAACACCUGGCUGCCAUCCACUCUGCGGACUGCUUGCUGGCGAUCGGACACUUCCUGCACAAACACCUGGAUAUCUGCUGGACGCUGAUCCUGGCCACGGCCACAAUCGCACUCAGCGGCCUGUUCCUGACCUCCUCCCUCUAUUUCUCCGUGAGACUGGCCGAAUCUUGGAACAGGAAAGGGAAAUAUACGUUGGCAGGGUUUACGGACAGCAUGUGAAUCACCGUGUGCACACACCACACCCACAUGCCACACACGCAUGAAGAGACAGCCGCACACACACAUGUCACAUGCACACAGGUGCACACUCGCACGCGCACAGACGCAUAAAUGCCACGUGCACACAAAUGCACACUUGCACGCCCACACACGCACACCCCCGAGGACACGCACGCGCACUUGCACGCACACAUGCCGCACGCACGCACGCCACACGCACACAAAGACGCACGCGCUCCACACACGCAUGAAGAUGUGUGCGCGCGCACAAACACACGCACCACACCACAUGCACAGAGACGCACGCCCACACACCACACAGGCAUGUACCCCUACUCCCGCAGAGCUGCCUCUGACCUGCAGCCCUUCCUGAGAACUGGAGAGAAAGUCCUGCCUCUGUCCCAGCUCUCCCCACUGGGGUGUCACUGUGAACGGUGAACACUGGGACACAAUGUUAGGACCCAGAAUAAGGGGAGCCCUGGUUUAGUUGUCAAAUAUACAGUAUAACUAGUCCAUCAUGGGCAAAUGAAUCGACGGUAUGUCAGAUCAAAGCUUACUGGACCACUUGACACCUCUUGUAUGGCUCUAAGGCAACAAAGAUUUCACAGCCCACUUUGUGCUACUAGUUGGGUUUUGCGAAAUCUAGCAUGAAGUUGAGGUUACGAUGAAGAAUUCAGAUAAUCAAAGGUGUGUUUCACAUGUUUAACAAUUGAUUCACGGAGCCUGGCCGUGACUGCGAUCGAAGCACCUUUCUGGGUAAGCGCUGUUUCGCUGACUUUGAAGACAGGAGGUUAAGUUACUUAAUUCCCCACCCUUCUAUAGCGCUUUUCUGGACACCCCACUCAGAGCUCUUUACAGGUCAUGGGGAUCCCCUCCACCCCCCCA